AUGCCAAAGUAUUACUGUGACUAUUGUAAGUCAUACUUGACUCAUGAUACCAUGAGUGUGAGGAAAUCGCAUCUAAUGGGGAAGAAUCAUAUCAGAUACUACUGUAAUUACUAUGAGAUGAAGGCAAAGGAAACAGGAAUAUGGGACCCAUUAGAUUCUAUGUACGAGAUAAAUUUGAGUUAUUUGAAUAGGGGAGCACCCGGGUCGUCAAAUGAAGGAAAUAAGAACGGUCUGAAAGGAGAAUUUAGCUUACCACCCCCACCGAGCUUGACAAAUUAUCCAAACCCUCCACCUUCAGUAUUUCGUAAUACAGAGGAGUACCAGCAGUCGAUAGCAGAGCAUAAGCAAAACCAGGAAACAUAUUAG